AUGCCUGGCUAUGAAAAUGAGAGAGCCCGUUUGAGACAAUAUUUAGGCAUUGAAUGGAGGCCUAGAGGGUUGGAAAGGAUGGAUGAUGGUAUUUUAGAUUAUUUUAAAUUUAAAUGUUGUUAUUUCUUAUCAGAACAACAAGCUCGAUUUUUGCGGCAUUCAAGUGAUUUAAAUUGUGAUUUCUCUAACCCAGACAAAUGCAGAUGGAGGAAUCUUCGAAAACCUGGAUUUGAUACAUUAGACUUUCAUUUAUUUAGGAAGGAGGAUUAUACUGAAUUUCCGGCAAGUGAAAGACGAUACUGUUUAAAAUAUAAAAAUUUCUCGAUUUUUCAGAUGCUUCAGGUUAGGCCGGGUCCUUCAAGAGUGCGUGUAGGUGAUCAAUUACUGCUUGUUGGAGAUAAGAAAAGACAAGAACAAACAGCUAUACUAAUUAGUCAUCCAAUUAAAUGUCAAAAUACAACUGGAAAAUUAACUUUUACGUUUUGGGUUUAUAAUGGUGCUAGAUUGGAGGUUAUAAUGCUUGAAGAACGAGAUGAGGGAAAAUCUUUGCAUAUUUUACCUGAAAAGCCCCAUAUAGACUGUGGAACUGUCCAUAUAAACACUGAAUGUACAGCAAUACUUCCCCCUCUCGACCAUCCUUUCCAUAUUGGACUUAGAGCUUAUGAUAUGCGGAAUACAGAGGGAUCCUUUGUUUUAUUAGAUAAUUUAUUUUAUGAAGCUGAAUUUUGUAGAGUUUCGAGUGGGCUUAUAUCAAGUUCAACUAAAGGCGAACCUGUUGAUAAACCUUCUUCUCUAACUUGUACAGAAUUUGACGAAAAUUGUAGGUGGAGAAAUAUGGGAUAUGGAGAACAUGGGAUUUGGCGUAGAGCUAUUGGAAUACUUCCCCCAUUAAUUCUUUUUAACGAAACUGGGACUGAUAUACAACCUAAUUUACCUGCUGCUUUUUUAUAUAUUGAGGAACAAACUGAUAUGCCACAACAUACAAACAUAAUUUCCUCAAAAGAUUUACACGAUGCAAGCACUUUAGAACUUAGUGAUACAACAAAAGCUUUUCGAAUGUUAGCUUCUGACCCAAUAAAAUGUCCGGGUUCUACAAAUAUUAUUUUACAAUUUAGAAUUUGGUCAACAAAAGGAAUUGAAUUAAAUUUGUGUUUAUUUGAAAGACAUUCAAUGCAACAGAUUGAAGGGAAAUGUCAACAAGUACCUGUUGGUACAUCCCCAGCAAUUGUUCAACAACAAUUUCAAACACCCCCUCAAAAUACUGAAUUUAUGUUUGUAUUCCAAGUUCAAAACGUCAACAAAGAUUUUGAUAACUUUGUUUUAUUAGAUGAUAUUGAAAUGGUUACAGAUCAUUCCUCGGCUUAUUGUGGCCAAUUAGGUGCUGAUAUUGCUGCACAUAAGGGAUGGUUAUCUGAUGGAGGGAUGUUUACUGCCCAAAUGCUUAAUACUCUUUUAAAUAGGCCAAUACAUUCUGCUAAGGACUUAACUUGUGAUUUCUCCAAACGUGCAUUAAAUUGUCAAUGGGCCAAUCUAGAAAAAUUAACUGAUGGAAUGUCUCAGUGGGAAAUAGGGAUUUUAAGUAGUGCUAAAAAUACAAAAACGAGCGAAGAUAUUCUUAUUCCAGUUGGAGAUGUAGCUUUAGCUCGCCUCGAUUCUCAUAAUAAAUCUGCAAUACUCUUAUCUGAACGUAUUCUCUGUACACUUCCCUCUUUAACCAAUACAAAUGGAAAUAGUGGAACUUUAUCUUUUCGAAGUUGGGGGAGUGGAAAUGGAAUCAAAUUGAAUGUUUGUAUUAUUAGAGCAGAUUCCUUAGAAGUUUUGGAUUGCCAAAAUGUUGGGGGAAAUGAUGGAGAAAGAAAAUUGACUGAAGAAGGGGAUGAGGGUGAAAUCUGUCCAUCAUUAAAUAAUAUUGCCUUUGGAGUCAAGAACAGUUUGAGAGGAAGUAGUGGAUUUACACACAAAGGAGAAAGAAUUGUUUCUCAACAAAACAGAGCAUUUAAUGAUGGAGAAAAACCACAAGAUUUUCAUGAAAUACCUGAUGAAAAUGUCUGCCGUCUCUUAAAAUGUGAUUUUGAACGUGAUGGAAGUAUGUGCCUGUAUACCUCUAGUCGAGUUGCUGCUUCUGUUUCAAUGUUCCGUGCUUAUAACAACAGUGCAUUUACUGUUCUAUUUACUCGAAGUAAAGUAGCAAUAUUAGAAUCUCCAAUAUUCCAUUUAAAUACACCUGCAAGGCUACAUUUUGAUUAUUUUGUUAGUAAAGGACCAGCAAAGUUACAUUUUUGUCAAGAUAGUGUGAUGCGAGAUCUUUCUUCGUGUUUUAUAAUUUCCGCGGAGGGAGAGACUUUUGGGUGGAAACAUGAUUUUAUUGAGGUAUUGCCAACAGAUCGAAAACUUUAUUUAAUUGCCAGACUAGAUGGCAAGGGCAGGGCAAAUGUACAGAUUGAUAAUUUGGAAUUAACUGAUAUAAUGGAUCACAGCAUUUGCUGA